UUUCCCGGGCGGUUGUUGAAUACGGAAGUGGGGCUGGGCGGCGCUUCCGCCUGUGCUGGGGAAAGUUGGGGCUGCCAGAUCAGGGCGGAUUCUCGGAUUUUGACCAGAAGAUGGACAGUCAGGGGAGGAAAGUGGUGGUGUGUGAUAACGGCACCGGGUUUGUGAAGUGUGGAUAUGCCGGCUCAAAUUUCCCUGAGCACAUCUUCCCUGCGCUGGUGGGGCGACCCAUCAUCCGCUCCACAGCCAAAGUGGGCAACAUCGAGAUCAAGGACUUGAUGGUGGGGGACGAAGCGAGUGAGCUGCGCUCCAUGCUGGAGGUCAACUACCCGAUGGAGAACGGCAUUGUGCGCAACUGGGAUGACAUGAAGCAUCUGUGGGACUACACUUUCGGGCCCGAGAAGCUCAACAUCGACUCGCGCAACUGCAAGAUCCUGCUCACCGAGCCUCCGAUGAACCCCACCAAGAACCGAGAGAAGAUCAUCGAGGUGAUGUUCGAGACGUACCAGUUCUCUGGCGUUUACAUCGCCAUCCAGGCCGUGCUCACACUCUACGCUCAAGGCCUGCUCACUGGUGUGGUUGUAGACUCUGGGGAUGGUGUGACUCACAUCUGUCCCGUGUACGAGGGCUUCUCUCUUCCCCACCUCACACGACGACUGGACAUUGCCGGGCGAGACAUCACACGCUACCUCAUCAAGCUUCUGUUGCUAAGAGGUUACGCCUUCAACCACUCGGCUGACUUUGAGACGGUCAGGAUGAUGAAGGAGAAGCUGUGCUACGUGGGAUACAACAUUGAACAGGAGCAGAAACUUGCGCUGGAGACCACCGUGCUGGUCGAGUCCUACACUCUGCCAGACGGCAGGGUGAUAAAGGUCGGAGGUGAGCGUUUCGAGGCUCCUGAGGCUCUCUUCCAGCCGCACUUGAUUAACGUGGAGGGGGUGGGCGUGGCCGAGCUGCUCUUCAACACCAUCCAAGCAGCUGAUAUUGACACCAGAGCUGAGUUCUAUAAGCACAUUGUGUUGUCCGGCGGUUCGACGAUGUAUCCUGGUCUUCCGUCCCGUCUGGAGCGCGAGCUCAAGCAGCUUUACCUGGAGAGAGUGCUCAAAGGAGAUGUGGACAAACUCUCUAAAUUUAAGAUCCGUAUCGAGGACCCCCCUCGCCGUAAGCACAUGGUGUUUCUGGGCGGAGCCGUGCUCGCUGACAUCAUGAAAGAUAAGGAUAAUUUCUGGCUGACCAGAGAGGAGUAUCAGGAGAAGGGCAUGCGAGUGCUGGAGAAACUCGGCGUGACCGUCAGAUAAACCCCACACACACACACACACACACACACACACACACACACACACUUUCAUACAGGGUGGUAUUUUGGCAGUGUAUAAAUGGGGAAAAAUCAGCAGUUCUACCUGAUUGUAAUAAUAAUAAUGAUAAUAAUAAUAACGAUGAUAAUACUUGAAUUUUGCAGUUGCAACGUAAAAAUAUCAUCGUCUUAUUGGUGCAGCCUUCUGACCACGAUGUGGACUUUAAAGCUCUGAUGAAGGGAGAAAAAAGAAGCGUGAAGUCAAAUCCUUACACAUUAAAGUACUUGUUUAUGCUGCCAAAAUUAAUCCUAGGAUAGAGCGUCUCUCUCUCUCUCUCUCUCUCUCUCUCUCUCUCUGUCUCUGUCUCUCUCUCUCUCUCUCUUUCUCUCUGUCUUCACGUCUUUCACAUUUUGUUGCCUAUCAUUUUGAAGGACGUAAAGCUUACUCACACGGUGUAAAAGAGAUUAAAAACGUGUUAAAUAAACUGGGUUAAACGAACGAACAAAUCGCCUGGUGGGAUCCAGACAAGAACAAUGAAACAGUAUGGACUGUAAGAUGUUUAAAGGGGCCGUCUGUAAUUUUUCCCAAGCACUAGACCUCUAAUCAUGCCAAUUUAAACAGAAAUCUACGCUAUUUCGUAUCUAUCUAUCUAUCUAUCUAUAUAUAUAUAUAUAUAUAUAUAUAUAUAUAUAAUAUGUGCAAUUUUGGAUUCCCCCCCAAUUUCCCCUUAAUUUCAGAUUAAUGUUUUCUUUUUCUGGCCCUGAAAUGAUCUCCCAGGCAGUGCUGUUUUUUUCUGGCCCUGAAAUGAUCUCUCAGGCAGUGCUGGUUUUCUCAGCUGCCACUUUUAUCAUGAAACUCAACAAGACAUUUUAAACACAGUGGAGGUGUUUUUAAAAAAAAAAAAAAGAAAAAAGUACAAACUGCCCCUUUAAAGCCAACAGGAUCAAACGUUAAAAUUCCUUGCUUUUUAAAAUGUGUUGCUGUCUUUUUCUAUUAUUUUUAUUAUUUGUUCGUUUUUUUUUUUUGUUCGUUUUUUUAUUUGCUUGCCAGAACCGCACUCGCUAUUCUACAACACAUUCUCGUCCACCAGAGGGCGCCAAAGCGAACAAAUACAUUCAGGCGUAUUAGCGGCGUCGUUUAGAGCGUAGUAUAGCAUAAGAGUCGUGAAAAUAAAUUAGAAUCGUGUUCCAUCCAUCAGGACCAAAUAACCGUCAUUCCCACGUCCUGGUACUGGACCUUUUUGAGAAGAUAGCUUAAAUUAAACAUAAAAUAAAAUAAAUAAAUAAAUAAAUAAAUAAGACAUUCCCUCUAAAGUUCACAUAUGCUAAUACAGCAAAGGAGGGGUGAAUUCUAGCAUUCCGAACAUUUCGCUCAUGGCCUGCAGGAUUAGCAUUGUUUUUUUUGUUUUGUUUCUGUUUGUCCCCCACACUGAGCUGUCCCCCUUUUUAGCACCCUCCUCACCAUCGUAUCACUUCCACCCCAGUUUUAUCGUCAAGUGCGCUUUCUAUUUUAAUACGGUUCACAUAUUUUCUCUUAUACGGGUGGGUCUGGGGUGUUAGCGCAACUCGCGUACACAAGCAGGUUUUGUGCGUUAUAUAUAUAUAUAUAUAUAUAUGUAUAUCAAACUAAACAAAAACCAGUAGCAUACAGGGCUAAUUUAAUUAAAAAAACGAUGCUAAUUAGGCUAGCUGUGUUGCUGUGCGGUGUGUUGGCGGUUAUAUUAGCGGCAGCUCUCCUCACGUUUAAAACGGCUAACCGAGGAGCUAGCGUCGACGGAUGCGUCGAUCCAUAGCAGAAACACACGGUGUGCGGAAAUGCGGCUACUUCUGGAAAAAAACGUCAACAAAAUUCAUGAGAUUUAACACUGGUUUAUUUUAAUUUUAUUUUAUUUUUUUUUCGAUAAAAACUAAAUCUUGUUUCGAAAAAUCAUGAAGGAUUUAUUUUUUUUCUUUCUUUCUGUUCAGUUUUUUUUUUUU